AUGGCAGCACCAUCACCCCAGCACCAUCACCCCAGCACCAUCACCCCAGCCCAAUCACCCCAGCCCCAUCACCCCAGCCCCUUAACUUCAGUCCCAUCACCCCAGUCACAUCUCACCAGCCCCAUCACCCCAGUCACAUCUCCCCAGCCCCAUCACCCCGGCCCCAUCACCCCACCCAUCACCCCAGUCACAUCUCCCCAGCCCCAUCACCCCAGCCCCAUCACCCCAGUCACAUCUCCCCAGCCCCAUCACCCCAGCCCCAUCACCCCAGCCCCAUCUCCCCAGCCCCAUCUCCCCAGCCCCAUCACCCCAGUCCCAUCAUCCCAGUCCCAUCACUGUUUCCCCAUCACUGUUGCCCCAUCUCCCCAGCCUCAUCACGCCGGCCCCAUCACCCCGGCCCCAUCACCCCAGCCCCAUCACCCCAGCCCCAUCACCCCGGCCCCAUCACACCAGCCCCAUCACCCCGGCCCCAUCACCCCGGCCCCAUCACCCCAGCCCCAUCACCCCGGCCCCAUCACCCCAGCCCCAUCACCCCAGCCCCAUCACCCCAGCCCCAUCACCCCGGCCCCAUCACACCAGCCCCAUCUCCCCAGCCCCAUCACCAGUCUCUCUCCAUCCCCUGCCCUCAUCCAGCACCAACUAUACGGGAAUUCAUUUCCCUCGGCAGUCUGGCUCAUCUAUUGCCACAAACAUUGCCCGGGCCCAGGGGCUUCGGCCCCGGCAAGCCCCUGUAUUAAUCCGGCCCUCCACAGGCCUGGGCGCAGGGGCUUCGGCCCCGGCAAGCCCCUGUAUUAA